AGUGAAGCUCCACCCUCCCCUCCGGUCGGUCCACGCCUCAGCCUUAAAAUACUCAGGUAACACUCUCAAGUCACUUAACAUCGACUCGACAAGGUCCUGCCGGGACACAACUCAGGUGGCCGUCGGGAAGCGUCUUUUUACAAGGCUUCCCUCUGACACAGAUCAUCUCAUCAAGGACCUCAUCCCACCAUUUCUACCUGAAGAGCAUCUCCCUCCACCUCGACACCAGCAGCAGCCAUGAACUGGUCUGCUCUGGAGGCCCUCCUCAGCGGGGUCAACAAAUACUCCACUGUGUUCGGCCGCAUCUGGCUGUCCAUGGUCUUCGUUUUCAGGGUGAUGGUGUUUGUGGUGGCCGCGCAGCGUGUGUGGGGUGAUGAGAGUAAGGACUUUGUAUGUAACACGGCCCAGCCGGGCUGCACCAACGUGUGCUACGACUCCAUCUUUCCCAUCUCCCACAUCCGCCUGUGGGCCCUGCAGCUUAUUUUUGUCACCUGCCCAUCGCUGAUGGUGGUCGGCCACGUGAAGUAUCGGGAGAAGAAGGACACGCAGUACACCACCACACACAAGGGCAACCAUCUCUAUGCCAACCCUGGGAAGAAACGUGGAGGGCUGUGGUGGACCUACCUGGUGAGUCUGAUUUUCAAAGCAGGCUUUGACGCCGGCUUCCUCUACAUCCUGUACUACGUCUACCAUGGUUACGACAUGCCCCGCCUGUCCAAGUGCUCCCUGGAGCCAUGCCCCAACACGGUGGACUGCUACAUAUCCCGCCCCACCGAGAAGAAGAUCUUCACCAUCUUCAUGGUGGUCUCCUCUGCCGUCUGCGUCUUAAUGUGCAUCUGCGAGAUGAUUUACCUCAUCUGCAAACGCUUUCAGAAGAUCCUCAGGAGGAAGGCGGAGUCUGACAGGAGGAUGUUCACCCAGAAUCACGAGAUGGUGCCGCUGGCAGCGCCCAGGUCAGUGUUCAGGUCCAGAUCAUCAAUCAGAGUGGAUCCUACGAUAUCUGUCCAGAACCUUAGUAACAUCAAGGCUGAGGAGUCAAUUGAGAAAAAAUAAUGUAAGGCUGCUAAUGUGGCAGCGACCAGGUUGAAGAACUGAAUAAAGUUAUCAAAAAACUAGAAUACAUGGAGAACUGCAGCUCAACGCCAAAGAGAUUUCCCCAAUUCAGGGGAUUUCUGAGGCAGAGUUUUGUAAAUAUGAUCAUGUUGAAUGACUUUGUGCAAGAGCACAGACCUGGUGCCUACAAAUGAAGUCCUCAAAAACAGAGGAUUACAAAGGAAGUUUUUUAUUGGUUUGUGUGUCUGUGAUUGAGUGUGCAGAUGUGUGUGUACGUCUUUUUGUGUAUUACUAUUGGCCUGUGGCAAACUUAAAAUAAAAUGUAAUUUCAAAUGUGGUGCAGUUACAAACUGCCCCCUAAUGAAUAAAACAACAUAAAGCACACAAAGCUCUGCUUUAGCGAUAACAUAGUAAUCUGAAGAGAUAACUUGAGAAGUUUUUGUUCUUAGAUAUGUACUAUAAAGAAAAUGGUCUUUAUUAUGCUCUUCACGACUUCACAGCUCUUCACGACUUCAAAAAGUGAAGUAAGAUUCAAGAUAAUAUAUUUCUUUGUACAUUUUGUAUUUAUUGUUGUUAUCUAUAAAGUUAUUUCAAAAAAUA